GGAAGGGUUAGAGGACGUAUGGAAGUUUUAGACCGGUGAUCACGGAGAAGAUCUGGGGAUUCGUCCAGCUCCUCGAGAACAGGGACAUUCCUCCGCAUGCAACUGAAAAGUGAGAAUAUCUGGAUCCGUUCCCACAGAGAAUUUGGUCAUGUACUUUUUCUGUGUUCAUAUAAGAUGAGAGUUCGCAAUCUGAGGAACGUUUUGUGAAGCAGCACUUGUUUAAUUUGCUUAAAAGACGUGGAAAAAUAAAACGGUGAAUAAUAUGGAAUUAAGCUAAUGCCUAGAGGAAAUCUUCAGGUUUUUGAGUUCAAGGAGAAAGAACAAAGAUGGUCAAUACCUUGUCUACCAUGUGACCAAUCCGGUCUCUGAUUCCAUCUGGAGAUAUUAAUUUGGAGGGAAUUCUUUAGAAACUCUUUUGCUCAAUAAAUUGGAUUCUUGCAAGCAAACGCAAGUGCAUCAUUUGAACUUGAACGUACCACCACUCUCGGCCCAGAGGGAGUCUGUGACAAUGCUGGACGAGCCCACGGAAAAAACAAAAGCACAACUUUCCAAAGCAGAAUGGCUAGCAAUAGCGUCUCGUCCACACCGGAGCUCAACCAAACAGGGAGCGAGAAUUGGGAAUCCAACCAGCCUGGAGAACCACUCCGUUGGGCCGCGCUGCUCAUUAUUCUGGUCAUCAUCCCCACCAUUGGUGGAAACAUCCUGGUCAUUCUGGCAGUGUCAUUGGAGAGAAAACUCCAGAACGCCACUAACUUCUUCCUGAUGUCUCUGGCUGUGGCCGAUCUCCUGGUGGGAUUGCUAAUAAUGCCCAUCGCUCUGGUGACUGUGCUAUUUCACUCCAGAUGGCCCCUUGCAGAUUUCCUGUGCCCUAUCUGGCUGUUCCUGGAUGUCUUGUUUUCAACUGCCUCCAUCAUGCACCUGUGUGCCAUCUCCCUCGACCGCUACAUUGCGAUCAAGAAACCAAUCCAGCACAGCCAGUUCAAAUCCAGAGCUAAAGUGCUGGCUAAGAUCGCACUUGUCUGGCUAAUCUCUAUAGGGAUUGCAAUACCCAUUCCAAUCAAAGGGCUACAAGUCUUCGACCAUCCAAACAACGUCACCUUCAACAACAACCACACCUGUCUGUUGUCACCAGAAAGUUUCGGGGACUUCAAGGUGUAUGGGUCUUUGACGGCUUUCUUUAUACCACUCACAAUUAUGAUGAUUAUCUACUUGCUGACAAUCCAAGUACUGCGCAAGAAGGCCUAUCUUUUGAGAUCAAGAGCUGCAAGGCCCAGCAUUUCCACAGUCUUCCACCAGGAGUUGGCGGUUGUCUCUUCGCCUGAGAACGUGGUCAUUGCAAAUGGAAUAAAAAGGGACCGAACACUGCAUCCCGUCACAGGGGACGAGGUCCCUCUCCGCAGGAUGUCCACCAUAGGAAAGAGGUCCAUGCAAAACUUGAGCAAUGAACAAAGGGCAUCAAAGGUUCUAGGGAUUGUAUUCAUGUUGUUUGUUGUGAUGUGGUGUCCUUUCUUCAUUACCAAUGUGACCUCUGUACUCUGUCAAGGGUGCAACAGUAAUCUAGUGGAACAGCUGUUGGAUAUCUUUCAAUGGGUGGGCUACGUUUCGUCGGGAAUCAACCCCCUGGUUUAUACACUGUUCAACAGGACGUUCAGGCAGGCCUUUAGGCGCUACAUCACAUGUGACUACAGACGUGUAAGGACUCCCAAAAUGCAACGGAGAAGCAGAAUUUCUUUUCGGCCAUCGGUGACCGAAAACUCAAAACGUUUUAUGAAACACAAUAUGAAGAACGGCAUCAGCCCCGUAAGUUAUCAGAGUCCUCUUCGCCGUCGUCCCACACACCUGCAGACCUCUGCAAACAUCACGCUGGACACAUUGCUUCUGACGGACAAUGAAGACUACAAACCUGACGAACACGUAAGCCACGUGUAGUACAUCCGAUACACUUCGAAUAAGAAGCCAAGAUAGAGAUGUGCCAGUCAUUCAGUGCCAAAAGCCCACAAGUUCUCAUGGGAACCAAUAAGAUAUGGUCUAAAAUGGUUCAGAAGGGCUGCAUAAAAUGGUCAGGGGUUUGUUUUGCAUGGCCGCCAAUAUCACACUCGGUCACACUUUAUUUUAAGGUCCAAUUCUCACCAUUAACAAAUCAUUAACUA